AUGGAAGCGCUUCCGAAAGGAGCCAAAGCGACGUUUACGGAGCAAAGAUUUUCCAAAUCAUGUCAUCGAUAUGAUGUGAUCGAUGUCUUAGCGGAAUCAGCGCCUAGCCCUGCGAUUAGUAGAAGCGUCCUGUCCAUUGAUGACCUCGAGAGGCAUUCCCAACUUCAAAGGUCUUGCCCGUCAAUGAGAUUAGUCAAGCUCGAUUGGGACUCGUCCGAAGACGAAAAGUUCAACACCAGCGAAACCCACAUUCUCGGAUUAUUUGAGAUCCACCAACUCGACCAAUAUCUCUUGGACAUGGUUUCCACAGAUUGGAAGGGUUUCCACAGACUGGACAACGCCCGAAAUAUUGGAAAGAGCACACACCUCACCUAUUAUCUGAACUGUGAUGCAUCCAAAGUCGCCUGGGCCUACAACAGCACCACUUUCACGAUCAAUGGAGUCGUCAUCUCUCGAGAUACGGAUAGGGGUCGAAAAGCAUUCGCAGAGUUUGUUUCAAUUCUUAAUGAGAGCCUUCAAAUGAUUUCGCACCCACACUUCCUUCUGUUCGUUGGUAUUGUCUAA